AUGUUUAGACUGCUGGGGUCAGUCAUUAAAGAUAUGCAAAAGAAGCGUUUGGGUGUUAUAUAUGCGGCACAGUGUUCAUCAAUUACUAGUAUAAAACUUGAUGAUCAUCACAUCAAUAGAGUAUUUUCAACAAUUAAUUAUCCUUAUCUUCAAUCAAUAACAGUUAUUAAUAUACCACGCAAAGGUGGCCAAUAUUUAUCCUAUAUGGAAUUAUUUAAAUUAUUAUUAACAUUCAAAAUUGAUAUAAAUAUUUACAAUUAUUUGGCUGAUGUUGAUAAUCAAUUAUUACAAGGAAUAUGCUGUACAACAUUACAGAAUGAUUGUAAAAUAGAAACAUUAUCAAGUACAAAUCGUCCAAUAUUUAUUAUAAAUGAUAGUAUUCGUCCAUGUCAUUCAGUAAAAUUCUUAAGAAUUGUUUUACAGUUAUUUUGA